UCUUCAGUACGUCUUUGUCUUUCCUUUGCUACCGAUGUACGCGGACGGACGUGGAUCGCUACGCAGUUCUCGGUACAAGGAAGCUGGAAGGCGAAUAGCUUACAGCAGAAAUUCUUGCUCCUCGGGAACAAAAGAAACCGCGCAAUUCAAUCCUUUUUAGUGUUCCAAGUGAUACAUGGAUUGCCAAAUGCAAUCCGUUGUGCAACGUGGACUAUUUGUGACGAUGAAUGUGUUCGCCGUAGAUCUGAGAUCUUGGAGAUAAGUGAAUUCCAAAAUUGAUUGAAACCGUGUCGCGUUAUCGAUUGUCGCCUUCGGUCGUCGUCGUGGCUCGUCGAAGAAGUUGCUGACGAAAACAUGACAUAAAUUAUAAAUCCAACCAAUACACAAAGAAGCAAACGGAACGCAGAAAGGCCAUCGAAUCCAUUGGCUAUGAUAUAAGAGUUAGGAAAACAUCAGCCAAAAGCGAGAUGAAAUGAAGCUGCCAAGAUGAAGCAGUAAUAAAAAAUAUAAGCAGUGAAGAAAAUCGAUCCCCAAGCAAUCAAAGGUCUUACGCUCUUUACCCCGUAUGCGAGUGUGUUAACGAGCGAGAUAUUCUACGUAUUACACGCGUUUGAUUGUGUUAGUGCUGUAAGCUCUCGCGCUCUCAUUCAUGAGUAUGUGCUGCGUGAAAAAUGGCUUUGGGAAAAUCGUAAAUAACAACGAGUCGUACUAGCCAUCACGAAAAAUCACACUACAAAUUCAAAAUCCAACCACUGCACCGGAAAAAAAAAUCACCAACUCUGUGAUCGGGGUGUUGUGCAAUUGGUUUCCAGCAUCAUGAGCGAAACAGCGUCGACCAAUGGUACGAGUUGCAGCGGUGGUGAUAACAGCAGUGCCAAACCACAACAACAACAACUAUCACAGCCGCUACAGCAAGAUGCCACAAGUGGUGCAGGCGAGUUGUGCUGCAGUGGUGGCAACAGCAGAGCUUCCAGCAGCUUGGGAGGUUCCACGACCAGCCUGGAGGUUAAUGGAAAGUCCAAAGGGCUGAACGACAGUCUGCAGCAGCAGUUCUGUCGCUUUGCGGAUUACUUUGUCAUCUGCGGUUUGGAUUUGGCGUCCGGGCUAGAGAUGGACCUGUUUGCAGGUGACAGUCUGCAUUGCUCUCCACUGGACCGAGCCUACAAAAGCAUAGCAUUGGCACACUACCCGGAGCACGUGGCGUGGAACCCGUUCGAUGCACAUGGAAUCUGUAUGCUUUCACUACCGCAGGGCUUGCGGUUUCGAACGCAAAAACACAACAUAGAGCCAAGGUUUCAUGCAUUUGCUACCACCCGGGAGGAUGGCAAACGAUGCUACGGGUUCAGCUUGGUGUUCUACGAAGAAGUGCGUAGCCGAGAUAUCUGCAAUGCCAUGCACACGCUACAAUCAAUGUUCAUUACGGAGCUAUCCACAUCGCAACAACCUCCUCCAGGAACGCUACGGCGAGUCAAGGAAAGUCCCGUCAGUCGGUCGCUGCCCCGGCAGUUUAAAAUAGCCGCACAAGCCCACACGUCCGCACUUAGUUACUAUGAUAUUACCAAGGAUAAGCUGUUCGUGGCGAAAAGCAUUUCGCUCGUUUGUCAGGUGCCGUAUGCUCAUGUCGCUGAGCUCUUUCUUAGGAAUCUCUACAAAUGUCUUCCCCGUCAUCCCGGAGCUCGGUUAAGCCUUGAAAGCUAUGUGUACAAUAUUUUGUACGAAGUUUCUACUCCUCCACCUGGGAAGUCCAUUCGGAUAUACAUACCACCGGAUGAUCCUCAUCUACCUCCCAUAGCGACAAUUCUCCAACGACCUGCCCUAAAGGACGAACUACCCUUCAUGGAUUUCCCCCUGAGACUGUUGUUUACCUAUCUGAGUGUAGACUGUGUUAUCCAACUAUUUACUUGCGUACUCCUCGAGAAUCAGGUACUCCUCCGAUCGUCCGACUACCAGAAGCUCACCAUCAUUGCCGAGUGCAUCACAUCGCUGUUGUUUCCCUUUCAAUGGCAACACGUAUACGCACCAAUACUCCCCGUUUCCCUCCACCACUUUCUGGAUGCUCCAGUUCCAUUCGUGAUGGGUCUACAUUCCGAUUCCGAUAGCAGCAUUCGCAUCGGAAGUGAGGCCAACCUUUGCUACGUAGACGUAGACAAGAAAUCCGUUCAACUGCCGGAAGAACUUCCAGCCUUCCCACAUCGGCACGAAUUCAUCGCGGAGAUAACCGCCGUCCUCGAUAAGUAUCAAGUACCUCGGGAUCGCUCGCUCGAUCCACCUACCAUUCUCAGUCCAAAGAAUCUCCUCAAGGACCACGACAUGAUGACGACCAGCUGCACCCUGCCGUCGGGAAUGCACGUCCGACGGAAGCACUCACUGCACGACGUGCUGGACUGGGACCGACCAAACUCUCCGGACAUACCGCUUCCACCGACGGCUGUCCCCGCCCGACCAGAUGUCCGCCAGCGAAUUGUUGAUAUUGUGCGCCGAAGCGGCGGCGAUGAAGUCGACUCCGGUACCAACGAAGUCAUGCCUAGUGCCAAGCAGAAGCUACCGCUCAGCACCCUGGAACAGUACUACGAAGAUCUGAGACUGAACAACUCGAUCCGGGAAGUUUUCCUCAAUCGAUUCGUGCAGAUGUUUGCCGCGUACGAGCAUUUUGUGAUUUUACCGAAUCAGGAUCGAGACGACUGGCUAAGCAAUCGUGAAUCUCUACACAACUUCGACAAAGCAUCGUUCCUGUCUGACCAACCACAGCACCAUCGACCAUUUCUGUCGCAGUUCCUCGAGAGCCAGAUGUUCGUUACGUUGAUCGAUAACAAGAUUAUGCUCUCGUGGGGUGACGAUGGUUCCCUGCUCGACAGCCUGAACGGAGACGUGGAGUACAAUCUGAAGCUGCUCGACAAUCGUAUCAAAAUUCUAAGAAAACGAUACGGCGGUGAAAGCAUGAUCCGCACGGCCAACUACGAACCGUGCAUUCUGGCCAGGGAAACCCAGAAGCUGCUGGAUAAGCGCCUCGGCAGCGUUGACAUGGAGGUGGCGCCCCCCAGUGAGCUGCUGGACAAACGACCCCCGUACUACCGGAGCUUUCCGCUGCUGGAAAAAGGCGCCCUCAACCAGGAGUGCGCUUCCAGGGGUAGCAGUCUGCGACGAGUCAAGAACGGAUCAAAAUGGAAGGUAAAGGAAAUAUCCCUGGAUGGAGGAGGUGGAGUAGUAGGAGGCGGCGGAGGAGGAAGCGGGAACAAGGAGAACGACGGUGGCAACAAGUCCAAUCGAAACUCGGCGAACCUAUCUGGGACGGAGGUCAGUCCGGCACUGAUGGCUCAAGCUAAUUGGGCGUUCGUGGAGAAACUCUUGAAGGACUGCAAAAGCAAAACCAAGCGUAUGCUGCUGGAGAAGAUGGGCACGGAGGCAAUCGAACUUGGCCUUAGUGGAGAAGCAUCGGUCACCGGAGUGGAGGAGAACACGAUGAUCGCCUCGCUGUGUGACCUGAUGGAGAAGGUUUGGUCUCAUGGUGUGGUAAACAAACAGGGUAAAUCGGCCCUAUGGGCUCACCUAACGGCCUAUUUGGAUAGCAAGGACAAGACUCAGGGCAAACCGAUAGGCAACAACUAUCUAUCACCAGCUACCUGCACUAGUCCUAAAUCAAGCUUUACAAGCAAUGGUAAGCCCACUAGGCUCACGAUUAGUCCCAUCACUUCAUCAACAAACAGCAACUCAAAUAACGGUGAUAGUCAAAACACUAGUAAUCCUAGCAGUAGAACCAAGUUUAACAGUAUAAUUCGGCUGAGGCGGUCCCUCAAGAAGCCUCCAACGGUAGCCAACCGCAAUGAACCGAUAUCGUUAUCCUCGCCGGAAAUAUCUCCCACCUCGGCUAGUCGGCUAAGUAACUUUGUUCUACCCAGUAUCAUUGCUAAUUUGGUGGGCAACCGCUAUGUCAGCGUUUCCAGUUCUGGUAGCGUCAAUGACCUCUCGGCUCUGGCCAUUGAACCUGAACUACACUCGUCACCAACCCGCGGUCGUUCCAAGUCUCGCGAUCGCAAAAGCUUGGGACCGGAACAGUUGCGUCCAUUACCUGAAUCUCUGGACUUCGACAUUAGGAAUAUCCAAGCCAUGACGGACAUCAAAACCCACAUUGGGUACGCCCGAGCCUGGGUACGACUUGCGUUGGAAAAGAAGCUUCUGUCGCGGCAUCUACGUUCACUUCUUACCGACACAGCCCUAUUACGGCAGCUCUACAAACGGUCCGCUUUCGUACGAAGUGACGACGAAGUCGAGCAGUUUCUCUACCACUUGUUAACACUGAACGCUGUAGACUACUUCUGCUUCACAAACACCUACCCUACCACCAUUCUUCCAUACCGGGUUGUGAUAUUUCCAUCCAAGAAAGGUAGCGCUGCCACCACCUCAGCCAACGUGUGGAUUGCUAUCUCCGGAACUCUGGGUGAAACGCAACAGAUCAAUGUUCCCCGACAUUCGCUGGAGUUUGUGUUUCAUCACAAAACAUUGGGUAUUCUAACAUCUCUAAGGAUCGGCCACGAUGAUACAGGAAUGUCAUCCAAAUGGUUGGUAGAACAUGUUGUUAUUAGAAAUGAAGUAACUGGACACACGUACAAAUUCCCCUGCGGUCGAUGGUUGGGUCGAGGUAUCGACGAUGGCUCUAUUGAAAGGUUACUAAUAGGUCAACUGGUACCUCGAACCGUGGACAGCGAAGAACUUGUUGAAGCUUGUCGUACUCCACCGCGGACGCGAAGCCCCAGCAUACAACGGCCUGAAGUCCGCCCCUCGGACAUUCAACACAUGCUAGGAGAUUGCGUGAACGCGAUCGUGAAGUGGCACUAUCGACCAAGUCGCGAACGGGACGCCAGUUCCCUUACAAAUCUGCUCUGCGGAGAGAAUGGUCUCGUCAAAUGUCUCGAGCAGGCGUUCCUCUGUGGUUUCCGCUCGCAACGCCUAUUUGGCCGAAAUCUGUACCUCUGGGACUAUUUCAUACGGGUGAAAGAGCAGUUCGAGGCCAGCUUGGUAGAGGAAUCCGUGGAUAUGGUUCGUGGUGGAGGAUCUGCCAGCAAUUCACCGCCGACCAGUGGGUCCAGCCCGGAGUCUCCACCACAGGCAUCGUCGACUCCGCUACCGCCCGUUGCUAAGCAGGAGCUUUCGGCAGUUUGGCGCUGCUACUGUCAUCUAAUGGAUGAGAUUAACAAUGUUAAGCAGACCCUUGGGAAGGACGGACGCUUCCAAUUGUUUAUCUGUCUAAGUAUCCGGGAACAUCUUCUGCAUCGAAUGCUGGUACCGAUGGCGUACACUCGGGUAACAACCGAAAUGUACGAAGAACAGAGCUUCAUGCGCAAGAAAGGUCUACUAACAUUCCUCCGGCAGAUACUGGAACCACUGGAUGAGUUUCAUAUAGUGCUGGAGAACUCUAUCACUCAGGGAAUUGGAUCUCACUGUUGAAAAAAUGUCUGUUGGAUUUAAUGGUGCAACCAAAUAAAACAUUUAAGUAAUCCCCAACAAACCGUACGAAAUAGUUGAUAACUGAAAUACUCAUUAGUGGUGAAAACCUCCAAUCGGAAGUCGUUUCCUUCUAGGAUAUAUUUUUGUUCUAGAGUAGUAAGCUCCUAGGUUAACUCAUUGCUGAACUGACACGUAACCGCAACUGAAUAAUCGAAAUCGAUGGCCAAAGAUUUUUAGAGCAAUUUUUUGUUCCUGAGAUGUUAUACAUAUGAUUAUAAUUUUUGUUUUCAUGUUAUACUUUUAUAUGUUUUAGUAAGAUUCGUUGAUUUGCUGUAGUAUGUAGUACAUAAUAUGUUCAAUGGUUUUAUGUUUAUGAUUGGGUUAUCAAAAAAAAAAGUUUGUGCCAAAAUUCAACUCGGGUGGUUGCGCACACCGACAUUUUUCAUUGGCGUUGAUAUAAAAAAGGCCAGAAAGAGUGAAAUUUGUAUAAAAUAGCGUCGUAGUUGACCAUUAUAUUUGUUUGGAAACUGAAACACAAAUAUAGCUAAGCCAUGAUGGGAAAUCUCAAUGGAUUAAUGUGUGAUAACAAUAAACUGUAAUAUCGGACAAAAUGCGACUCGUAGUGACAUAAACCAAAUUUCGUAUUUAAGUUAUCAGCUUACUCAUGCAAUUGAUAUUCAUUGAACAAUUUUCUUAUGCUGCAAGUUCUAAACAGUUCAUUUCGGUCUGAGUAUAAUCAAUAGAAUAAUAAUAUGAAAUAAGUAGGAUCACUAUUCUAAAUAAAUUUAAAAGCUGCACUAGAAAGCAUAGACAUGCAGCUCUUAGCAUGAUUGGUGAUUCCAUACUCAUCUCAAGGCGAUGUUAUAAAACAAAUAUGAAAGGUGCGUUCUCUCUUAUUUCGUAUUUACUAGUGGUACGAUUAAUUGUAUGUGUUCGUUGUAGCUGGCAGUUGAAGAAAAAAAAUGCAUUAGAUUUAGGUUACAGUGAUUCUAAAAAUGUCCAAACAGCGAAAGCAUAAUAACUGGAGAAUAAAUAAUUUGAACUCA